UGUCGCCUAGUCAUGAUGUAAGCUCCGGUUGCCUGGCUGACUCGGAAGUGGGAACUCUGGCCAGUGAGACUGUCGUGUGUCGUGUGUCGUGUGUCGUCGCUGCUGGCCCUUCAGGCUCUGCCCUUCCCCUAGGUCUGGAUGGAGGACACUUUAAAGUGAAAUGACAGACCAAGAGAAUAACAACAACAUCUCAAGUAACCCCUUUGCUGCUCUUUUUGGCUCCCUGGCUGAUGCCAAGCAUUUUGCAGCAAUCCAAAAAGAGCAGCUGAAGCAGCAAUCUGAUGAACUCCCAGCAAGCCCGGAUGACUCAGAUAAUAGUGUGUCAGAGAGCCUGGAUGAAUUUGAUUACUCUGUGGCUGAGAUUAGCCACUCAUUCCGUUCACAGCAGGAAAUAUGUGAGCAACUCAACAUCAAUCACAUGAUCCAAAGGAUCUUCCUCAUUACUCUGGACAAUAGUGACCCAAGCUUGAAAAGUGGGAAUGGUAUCCCCAGCCGCUGUGUAUAUUUGGAAGAAAUGGCAGUAGACCUCGAAGAUCAAGACUGGCUCGAUAUGAACAAUGUUGAGCAGGCUGUCUUUGCUCGCUUAUUACUUCAAGAUCCAGGCAACCACUUAAUUAACAUGACUUCUUCUACAACAUUAAAUCUCUCUGCUGAUCGAGAUGCAGGGGAGAGGCACAUUUUUUGCUAUCUUUAUUCCUGCUUCCAAAGAGCCAAGGAAGAGAUUACCAAAGUUCCAGAGAACCUGCUACCCUUUGCGGUACAGUGCAGGAACCUCACUGUGUCCAAUACACGAACAGUUCUUCUCACCCCAGAGAUAUAUGUUGACCAAAACAUCCAUGAGCAACUGGUAGAUUUGAUGUUGGAAGCCAUCCAAGGAGCCCAUUUUGGAGAUGUAACUGAGUUUCUGGAAGAGGUCAUUGAAGCCUUGAUAUUGGAUGAGGAAGUUCGAACAUUUCCAGAGGUCAUGAUUCCAGUGUUUGAUAUUUUUUUGGGCCGAAUAAAAGAUCUAGAACUCUGCCAGAUCCUGUUGUAUGCAUAUCUGGAUAUUCUUCUCUAUUUCACUAGGCAAAAGGAUAUGGCAAAGGUUUUUGUAGAAUACAUUCAGCCCAAGGAUCUUAACAGUGGGCAGAUGUACCAGAAGACCUUGCUGGGAGUAAUCCUGAAUAUCUCCUGCUUGUUAAAGACUCCGGGUGUAGUAGAAAAUCAUGGCUAUUUCUCAAAUCCAUCUCGUUCCAGUCCUCAGGAGAUCAAAGUACAAGAAGCCAACAUCCAUCAGUUCAUGGCUCAGUUCCAUGAAAAGAUCUACCAGAUCCUGAAGAAUUUACUCCAGCUCUCUCCAGAAACCAAACACUGUAUCUUGUCGUGGCUUGGAAACUGUUUGCAUGCAAAUGCAGGCCGCACCAAGAUUUGGGCCAAUCAGAUGCCAGAAAUCUUCUUCCAAAUGUAUGCCUCGGAUGCCUUCUUUCUGAAUCUGGGUGCUGCUCUCCUGAAGCUGUGCCAGCCAUUUUGCAAACCCAGAUCCUCUCGGCUCCUCACCUUUAAUCCCACUUACUGUGCCCUGAAGGAGUUGAAUGAUGAAGAACGAAAAAUUAAAAAUGUACACAUGAGAGGUUUGGACAAAGAAACCUGUUUGAUCCCAGCUGUACAGGAGCCGAAGUUUCCCCAGAACUACAACCUUGUAACAGAGAACCUUGUCCUGACAGAGUAUACCUUAUACUUGGGAUUUCACAGGUUGCAUGAUCAGAUGGUAAAAAUCAAUCAAAAUCUGCAUCGGCUGCAGAUUGCUUGGCGGGAUGCUCAGCAAAGUUCUAGCCCUGCUACUGACAACCUCCGAGAGCAGUUUGAACGACUGAUGACCAUCUAUCUUUCUACCAAGACUGCCAUGACUGAGCCACAGAUGCUGCAAAACUGCCUGAAUUUGCAGGUGUCCAUGGCUGUCCUACUAGUUCAGCUGGCUCUGGGCAAUGAGGGCUCACAGCUGAUCGAGCUGACUUUUCCACUGCCAGAUGGCUACAGCUCUUUGGCUUAUGUGCCAGAAUUUUUUGCAGAUAACCUGGGUGAUUUCCUCAUUUUCCUCCGCCGCUUUGCUGAUGACAUCUUAGAGACAUCAGCAGAUUCUCUGGAACACAUCCUUCACUUUAUCACCAUUUUCACUGGAAGCGUAGAAAGGAUGAAGAAUCCCCACUUAAGGGCCAGACUGGCUGAGGUGUUGGAAGCAGUGAUGCCCCAUCUGGAUCAGACACCAAAUCCCUUGGUAUCCAGUGUGUUCCACCGGAAACGUGUGUUCUGCAACUUUCCCUAUGCACCCCACCUUGCAGAAGCUCUAAUCAAGGUCUUUGUGGACAUUGAGUUUACAGGAGAUCCCCAUCAAUUUGAACAGAAGUUUAAUUACCGCCGUCCCAUGUAUCCCAUUCUAAGGUACAUGUGGGAAACAGAUACCUAUCGAGAGAGCAUUAAGGAUUUGGCUGAUUAUGCCUCUAAGAAUUUAGAAGCCAUGAAUCCCCCACUUUUUCUCCGCUUUCUUAACCUGUUAAUGAAUGACGCCAUCUUCCUUUUGGAUGAAGCCAUACAGUAUUUGAGCAAGAUAAAGAUUCAACAGAUUGAGAAGGACCGAGGUGAAUGGGAAAGUCUGACUCCGGAAGCCCGCCGAGAGAAGGAAGCUGGCCUACAGAUGUUUGGACAGCUGGCACGUUUCCAUAACAUCAUGUCCAAUGAAACAAUUGGUACCCUUGCCUUUCUGACAUCAGAGAUCAAAUCACUCUUUGUGCAUCCUUUCCUGGCUGAGCGCAUCAUCUCCAUGCUGAACUACUUUCUACAGCAUCUGGUUGGCCCCAAGAUGGGGGCCUUAAAAGUCAAGGACUUCAGUGAAUUUGACUUCAAACCCCAGCAGCUCGUGUCAGAUAUCUGCACUAUCUACUUAAAUCUUGGGGAUGAGGAGAAUUUCUGUGCCACUGUGCCCAAGGAUGGACGUUCCUAUUCCCCAACUCUCUUUGCACAGACAGUCCGAGUCCUGAAGAAAAUAAAUAAACCUGGGAAUAUGAUUGUGGCUUUCAGCAACUUAGCAGAGAGAAUCAAGUCUCUAGCAGACCUCCAACAACAAGAAGAGGAGACUUAUGCAGAUGCCUGUGAUGAGUUCCUGGACCCCAUCAUGAGCACACUGAUGUCUGACCCUGUGGUGCUGCCGUCUUCCCGAGUCACUGUGGACAGAUCCACCAUUGCCAGACAUUUGCUCAGUGACCAAACAGAUCCCUUUAACCGUAGUCCCCUGACCAUGGACCAGAUCCGGCCAAACACAGAACUAAAAGAAAAAAUCCAACGGUGGCUUGCAGAGAGGAAACAACAACAAAAGGAGCAACUGGAAUAAAUACUGUGACCUAAACAAACCAAAAACCAACCCCAGAGUGUAGAUAAACAAUUGUUUGUGAUUUCUCUUUGGUUCUGUUGCUUUUUUUUUUCUUUGUUUACUAAAUUAGAGAACUGUUCUUGCUCAAAUUAUGAGAAUUAAGAUUCCUAAGACCUUUAUUUACAAUGUUCUCCUGGCUUGCAGGAAAUUAUAAUUAUAGCAUCACCAAGUUCAGAAGUCAUCGCAAAUUUUUACCCUUUGUUCUCUCUUCCUAUUCUUUCUUCUUCCGCUUUUUACCUUAAAUUAUAUUAAUUUCAACUACUAAAACUUCAUGCCACCUUACUAGUUCUCUUCCAAGAACUGCUCAAACAUCUUUGGUGAACACUGCUUUAAGUAUAUAUCAUGUAUUUCAGUGACAGCUGAUAUCAUCAGAAAGUCCUGUGUUAUCAAGGUAUUUACUAGACUUCAUGACCCAGACUUCACCUCUUUUCCUUGUUAACAGCUCUGCAGUAUUACAGGAUAACCUUUCACAUAAAAGCAGGUAUCUUGAUGUCUGAGUAGACUUUUGAAUAAGAUGAUAGCUGAGAUGAAAAAAGAAAGGAAUCUGAUGCAAUUCUGUUGAUAGCUCUUAGUUUUGUGUUAUCUCAUAACUAGGAGAUACAGUGGAGAACAAGCACUCUCCCAUGGGGUUGUCAUUACUACAGAAAACUUAGACCUACAAUUUUUAGGAGGAUUGACAAGGCAAACCUUGCAGUUUUGACACUAUUCAAAAAGUUCUGAGGUGAAAGAAUAAAGGAAGCUAUUGAGAUGAAACCACUUUAGCUUAUGAAAAUCAGUUGCUACAAGAACUAGGCUUGAGUAGAGAAGUUGGACAACAAAUACUGUAACAGGAAAAAUGUAAUUUUAAGACAAUAAUAUCAACAGUAUAUCUAAGUAUAUAUACACCAUGUGCUUUUUUAGAUUGAUCUAGUGUAAACUGAGUACCACUUUAAAUCAUCUCUUCCAUGGUAAGAUGUAUGCAGUGUGUUGCCACUAACACUUAUUGUAGACAAAAUUCUGAGACUAUGAAAUAUAUAUGGUACAUGUUUUGACUUAUGAAUUCCAAGAACUGCCUCUAACUCAGCCUUAUGUCAGCAAUUAACAAGGAAGGAACUUGAGCACAACCUUGUCCACAAACCAUUUUAAAUAUCAACUUAGCCCUGUGUAGGUGGAUAGGCCGCACUUUUACAAGUUGAGCUUGAGUUCUCUACUCAGAUGUGCAGCUUAACAUGUUAAGUGUAAGGCACAAUCCUCUAUGGACUGUCUAUAUCACUGUCCCUCUAAGCACAAAGAUACCGUAAGUGACAAGAAAAAUAGUAUGAUCUGGAAAUGGGCCAUUGCUUCAUUUAGAAGGCAUUAUUGUUAACCAUGGUGUCUUUCAAAGAAGAUGCCAGUUUUAUAAUAUUCCAAAUUUUUAUCAACAGCCCUUGAUAUGUUUUUGAUGGUAUUGGCUAGAAAACUGCCACUCAGAGGGCAUCCCACACUAGAUGAUAUAAAGAUGUUGCCUGUUGCUGUGCUUAUAAAUGAAAAGGGAAGUCUAAGACUUCCAAAUGCCAGAAUGUAAGAUACUCAGUGUGCUUCUUGGGCCCUGAAGGCAUCGUUGACAGGAUUUGUUUAUUUCUUUAAAAUAAGCUCCAUGUCAUAUUUUUUGGUCCUUCUUUACUAAGAAUGAACUGUAUAUAAAAUCAGCUUCUAACUACUUACAUUUAUCUUCCAAACCCAAUAUGAUAGGAUGUUUUCAUUUUUAAAAGAAUUGAGAAAAAGACCAGAGUUUUAGGGGAGAAAAUUGGAAGAAAAAUAGGCACAAAACCUCAGAAGACAGCCAUUCCCAGGAACUUUCUAGUCAACAACCUCUGUUUGUAUCUGUGUCAGUAUUCUGCUGUAUUUGUUCUUCAGACUGUCUUUUCUGCCAAGCUUUUUUUUUUUUUUUAAGCCCUUGUCCUGAAAUUUUUAAGUAGCUAUGGCACCAUUAAUGCUGCUGAAUGUCUUUAAACUCAUGUAUAACUUAAGGCCACUAUUGGGAAGUAAACCAAGUAAUUUAAGAACAUCCCAAAAAUUAAGCUAAAAAUUAUCAUUUUGGUACAACACAGUGCCUAUAUGCACUGGAAGCUUAAAGAAGUGUUUUGUUAUCUGGAACUCAGAAACAGCUCUAAAUCUUUUAGAGCAGACUUUCUGACAUUCCUAAUUUUCCGUGUUGGCUUUGCUGGAGUGUGAUAGGAAAAUGAAGACUCUUUAAUCAGCAUGAGUAUUGCUUACUAAGAGUGUAAUACUAAACUUGGGGACUUAAGUAGGUUUUAUCAAGCAAUCUGGGUGGGUUGGUUUUUUUUUUUAUGGAUAUGUAAAACCUGAAAGAAACUUGAAAGGUUUUUAAUAGUGUAGGUAAAGGUGCCAGUUGCUAUUUGAUAUCACAAUCUACAGAAGCUUCAUUACUUUAUUUGAUGCUGGUUGCUAAGCAGCCGUUACACAGAGAGUAAGUUUACUGAGGUGCCUUUACCAACCAGAAACUGAUGCUGCAGUGUUGAUGACAUGAGGAAAUAAUGUACAUGCUCUAACUGCUAAACAGGAAAAGAAACCAAAAACAAAGAAAAUGAACAAAACAACAGAAAGACUGACUGAAAUAAAACAAUCAACAUAACUGUAUUUUGAAACAUUCCAGGAAGGUUAUUUCUUGUCAAACUUGCCUGGGGGUGUUUGUUCAAAGCUUGUAUUUAAUAAAUGAAC